AUGAUAUAUGAUUGGCAUGGAACGGGACGAAAAAAUCAUCAACAAAAACAAAGAAAAGUAAUUGUGACUUUUACUAGUCAUGAAAAUAAAAAUAAUUUUCUAAAAGCAAGGAAAAUAGUACAAAAUCUUUCUACUAAGUCAAUUGGUUUUCAACAAGAUAAUCCGAUAUACAUCAGGGAACACCUAACACUUUAUGGUAAUAUGCUGUUCAAAUUAGACAGAGAUUUCAACUACAAGUUUGUUUGGACAAUAAAUGAAAAAAUACUUAUAAGAAAAACAGAAAACUUGAAGAUAAUACGGAUAGAGAACGAACAGAUCAUCAAUGCUAUAAAA